UUAUUAUCUGCUUCCAAUUGAUUUUGCAAGAGAGCUUAAACCCUAAACCCUGCACCGCACGUACUGGAACCGAAGACAGACCCGUUGAUUUCGAUUCUUCACUACGCUCGCAACUCAUUAAUCCAUUCUUACGUUUUUCCUCUCAACUCAUUAAUCUAUCUAUUUUUUCUUUGUUUUUUAAUCAAUAUACUACUGGUUGAAAUAAUAGAAAAUUUAUUUUGGUUAACUUUUUUUUAUAUAAACAUAUAUACAUUACUCUAUUAACAGCUGAUCUUGUUAGAAUUUUUUUUAAGUUAAAAUGUCCAUUGACGGGAGUUUUAGUGUUCAUUUGGCGCUUCGGAGAUUGCUUGAUCGUUGCCCAAAGCUUCAAUCUUUUCCUCAAAUUGAUUCAUUGACUCAGAAGGGGAACUUGGUCACGGAGGAGGAAGUGGUUAAUGUCUUAGUGGGGUUUUUUCUGCAUCCUAGUUAUACAAUUCCAUUGAUGGGAUGUUUCCGGGCAAUUGCUCGAAAUUUUGUUGAUAAAGCUGUUGCUUUACUUCGUUUAGUACCGAAUUUGAGGUCUAAUACUGUGGAUGAUGCUAUGGAAAUUGACUCUGACAUUGUCUUGGAUGAUGUUGGCAAUGUUGUAGAAUACUAUGUUGAACGGGGAAGGGGUCUUGAUCUUCAUGAACAUGCUUGUUUAGCCUUCUGUCGUGCUCUUGACAUGUGUUCUUUUCUGCUGAGUUCUGUAUUAAGCUAUUUCAAUUUUGCACCUGCUCCUUUUGAAAGAUUUUCAGGGAAACAAGUUAUGGUUGAGCCCCAUGGAUUGCGUGUUGCUCGAAUAUCGUACCGCAUCCUUCUUUUGGAACCUGAAGUUUUCUCAAAUUUUUGGGACUGGUCUUGUUUUCUAGAACUCUUAAAAGAGCCAUGCAAAUCAGACAUGAUAUGGUGCAUGGUUCAGAUAUUAAGAGUUGUGCUCAAACUAGGCUCAGGAGCCAGUGAAAGCUUGCAAAGCUUGAAUAUUGAAGAUCAGGAAGCAAAUGCAUGUUUAUUGCGUUGGGAAGAGUUUUGUGGGGACACAUCACUAGAGAAAGCUGGUUGGUUUGUUGAACCACCAGCAGACUACGUGUCUGAUUCUCCUAAUAGAAGCAUGGAAUUCAAUCAAGAGAACUGUUUAAGUUGCUUAAGAUUUAAUUCUCAUCCUGCUGGUUCACCAAAGGAUCACGAGUUGCAGCCACCUUUUAAGAGUAAACGGAUCACUGCAAGGGAUAAUAUAUCAGUCAGUUAUACAUUCAUAUUGACAUCAGCAGUGAAGAAAAGUUAUGAAAGAGUUCUAUUGGCAGUGAGUCAGAAGUGGCCUGUUCUUUUAUAUGGUCCCUCUGGUUCUGGAAAAUCCGCUCUCAUUGCUAAGCUGGCCGAGGAUAGUAAUAACCGAGUUCUAUCUAUCCAGAUGGAUGAUCAGAUCGAUGGUAGAACAUUGGUUGGGGGAUAUGUCUGUACGGAUAGGCCCGGGGAGUUUAGGUGGCAGCCUGGGUCACUUACCCAGGCUGUGCAGAAUGGUUUUUGGAUUGUUUUUGAAGAUAUUAACAAAGCCCCAUCUGAUGUACACUCCAUUUUAUUGCCUUUAUUGGAAGGAGCUGAUUCAUUUAUGACUGGACAUGGGGAGGUAAUAAAGGUGGCAGAGAGCUUUAGGAUGUUUUCAACUGUUGCUGUUUCUAAGUUUGACUCUUCUGAGAGCGCAGAUUCACUUAGUGUCCUUUGGAGAAGAAUAAUAAUUCAACCACCGGAUAAUAAAGAUUUGCAAGAGAUAGUCAAAGUGAGGUAUCCUGAUUUGGGGCUUCAUGCAGGCAAACUCAUAGAAACCUUUGAAAGAGUCAACACUAUUUCCAUGUUUCAAAUUUUGGGGUUUCACCCUGAAUGCUCUUCUGUCUAUUGUCUCGGCAGGUUCUCGUUAAGGGAUCUCUUUAAAUGGUGCAAAAGGAUUAGUGGUUUAGGUUUUUGCCUAGAUGAUAGCUUGUCAGAAGGGCAAUGUAAUUCUAUAUAUACAGAGGCUGUUGAUGUAUUCGCGGCCUUCCCUGCUUCAUUUGAACACCGGUUAUCAAUAAUGAAAGAGAUAGGAAAGUUGUGGAAAGUACGAGAUUCUGCAGCUGAGACCUUACUUCCAGUUGACAAACCAAUAUAUCAGGAUUGUGUCACAGGUUUAAGAAUAGGCCGGGUUUCCCUCCAGUAUACAAAAGAACCUUCACAGGAACACAGAAUACCUUUUGUUGAGAUCCGUAGUUCUUUGUAUGUAUUAGAGCGCAUAGCUUGCUCUGUCAAGCAUAAUGAACCUGUACUCUUGGUUGGUGAAACUGGUACUGGAAAGACUACACUUGUUCAAAAUUUGGCUUUAAGGCUUGGCCAGAAGCUUACUGUUUUGAACAUGAGUCAGCAAAGUGAUGUUGCUGACUUACUUGGAGGAUUCAAGCCUGUAGAUGCACAGUUCGUGUAUUCCCGUCUUUAUAAGGAAUUUGUGACUCUCUUCAAAAAGACGUUUCCUGGAAAGAAAAAUUUAAACAUUCUGGGACGUUUAUUGGAGUUUUUAAAACAUAAGAAUUGGGAAAUGCUGCUUGGAGGUUUUCAAAAGGCAGUGGAGAGAUCACGAGAACUUAUAAGUAUUGGACCAUCCGGAAAACGUAAAAGGCCAUUAACAGAAGAGAUAUUCCAAUCUUGGGAUAUAUUCUCAAUAAAACUUGACAGUGUCUGUCAAAUUAAUCCUUCUUCUGGGAUGAUGUUUUCCUUUGUAGAGGGAAGUUUCGUAACUGCUCUUAGAAAUGGUGAGUGGAUUUUGCUUGACGAGGUGAAUUUGGCUCCUCCAGAAACCUUGCAAAGAAUAAUUGGUGUUUUAGAAGGGGAAAAUGGGGCACUCUGUUUAGCUGAAAGAGGUGAUAUUGAUUAUAUACACCGUCAUGCAAAUUUUCGUAUAUUUGCUUGCAUGAAUCCGGCAACUGAUGCUGGGAAACGGGAUUUGCCCUUUUCAUUGAGAAGUAGAUUUACUGAAUAUUUUGUUGAUGAUGUUUUGGACGAUGAUGAUUUAUGUCAGUUUAUUAGUCAGUUCAUUAACAGUCAUAUGGAUCGACAGUUGGUGAAUAAAAUUGUGCGUUUCUAUAAAGAAUCAAAAAAGGAAUCUGAAGAGAGGCUGCAGGAUGGUGCUAAUCAGAAACCUCAAUAUAGUUUAAGGUCCCUUUAUCGUGCUCUUGAAUAUAUAAGGAAGGCAGAGAGGAAAUUUGGAUUUCAGAAGGCUUUAUAUGACGGCUUUAGUUUGUUUUUCCUCACAUUGUUGGAUGGACCUAGUGCUGAACUAAUGAGGCAAAAGAUAUUGUCUCUUUUAUUAGGGGGGAAUAUGCCUUCACAUGUACCUUUUGACAGAUAUUUAAGUACCUUCAAAUCCAAUGGAUAUUCUGGGAACUAUGUUAAAACUAAAAGUGUCCAGGAGCAUCUUGGUAAUUUGGCUCGUGCUGUUCUAAUAAAGAGAUACCCUGUUCUCUUACAAGGACCAACGUCUAGUGGGAAAACUAGCCUUGUUCAGUAUCUUGCUGCAGUAACUGGGCAUGAGUUUGUAAGAAUCAAUAAUCAUGAACACACCGAUUUGCAGGAGUAUCUAGGUUCUUAUAUAACCGAUGCUAGUGGAAAGCUUGUUUUCAAUGAAGGUAUUUUGGUUAAAGCUGUAAGAAACGGCUACUGGAUUGUACUGGAUGAGCUUAACUUGGCUCCAUCUGAUGUGCUGGAAUCAUUGAACCGAUUACUUGAUGAUAACAGAGAGCUUUUUGUUCCCGAACUUCAAGAAACAAUUAAAGCGCAUCCAGAUUUCAUGCUAUUUGGAACUCAAAAUCCGCCUACACAUUAUGGUGGGCGAAAACUAUUGUCUCGGGCAUUUCGCAACCGUUUCAUAGAGAUUCAAGUUGGUGAGAUUCCAGAUGACGAGCUGAGCAAAAUAUUGGGGGAUAGAUGUGAAAUUCCAUUUAGUUAUGCCACAAAAAUGGUUGAAGUAAUGAAGGAGCUUCGGAUGCACAGACAGAGUACCAGAGUUUUUGCUGGGAAACAUGGAUUUAUAACUCCUCGGGACUUGUUUCGUUGGGCUGAUCGUUACAAGAGAUUUGGUAAGUCUUAUGAAGAUUUGGCCAAAGACGGUUAUUAUCUUUUGGCAGAAAGGCUACGGGAUGAGGAUGAGAAAUCUGUUGUUCAGAAAGUUCUGGAAAAACAUCUUCGGGUUAAACUAAACAUGAAAAAUUUAUAUGAUCAGAUAUUGUCUGAAGGUAGCUCUUCUUCCAAUUUAAUUAGUGGCUUAGGAGGUUCGAAGAGUCUUGAAAGUGUAACCCUGACCAAAAGUAUGCAGAGGCUCUACUUCCUUGUGGAACGCUGCUUUGAAUUACGUGAGCCUGUGCUACUUGUUGGGGAAACGGGUGGAGGGAAGACCACUGUUUGUCAGUUACUAAGUGCUUGUUUGCAGUUGAAGUUACAUAUCUUGAAUUGUCAUCAGUGUACAGAAACAUCUGAUUUUAUAGGGGGGUUUCGUCCUAUACGAGACAGAUCUAGACUGAGUUUUAACUAUGAAGAGAUCAUUGAACAGUUGAAGAAACUAAAGGCUUUUACAUGUUAUCCUGAAGACCCUCUACCAUUUAUUUCUUCCGACAUAGAUCAAGCUUCUUCAACUAUUGAUCGGCUGAAUAGUAUGAUGAGGAACUAUGAAGAGGGUCAAGUUCGUAGUGCUGAUGUCAGCAAAGAAGACCUAUAUGCUUUUGAGAAAUUAAAAUUGAGCCUUGAUGUCUUGCAUCAAAAGUGGCAGAGUAUAUUUGAGUGGCAAGAUGGUCCCCUUGUAAAAGCAAUGAGAGACGGUGAUCUCUUUCUUGUGGAUGAAAUAUCCUUGGCUGAUGAUAGUGUACUUGAGAGACUGAAUAGUGUGUUGGAGCUAGAAAGGACACUAUCUUUGGCUGAGAAAGGAGGGCCUGAUCUGGAAAAAGUUACGGCAAAUUCAAAUUUCUUUGUUCUGGCAACAAUGAACCCUGGUGGUGAUUAUGGUAAGAAAGAGCUGUCUCCAGCACUACGCAACCGCUUCACAGAGAUAUGGGUUCCCCCUGUUAUUGAUCUAGACGAGCUUCAAGGAAUUGCUCUGAAAAGAAUUUCCAAGUUUGAAGUUGCAGGCAAUUUAGGUCCCACUUAUCAAGAAAGACUAUUACUCAUUGUUAAUGCUAUGAUUAGUUUCUGGGAGUGGUUCAACAAAUUACAUCCUGGGCGGUUGCUUACCGUCAGAGAUCUCAUUUCCUGGGUUGCUUUUUUCGAUGUAACGGAAGAAAGCUUAGGACCUGAACACGCACUUCUUCAUGGAGCAUUUCUUGUGUUGCUUGAUGGGUUAAGUCUAGGGACAGGAGUUUCAAAAAAGGAUGCUGGAGUGCUAAGGGAGAGUUGUUUAUCCUUUCUUCUACAAAAGCUGAGGGUUAAUUAAAGUAAUUUAUUAUAUUCAAAGCUUUCAAGAAUGGGAAACUAUGGUUGGGGUGAUUAUAGCACAAACAUGGAUGUGUCACAUAAUGAUGAGAAGCAACGUGAUUAUUUAUUUGGCAUUGAUCCGUUCUAUAUCAAGAAAGGAAGUUACAGUAGUUGUGAGGAGGGUGGGUUUGAAUUCAAAGCGCCAACCACCCGCAGAAACGCUUUGAGAGUUUUGCGGGCUAUGCAGCUUCCAAAGCCAGUUUUACUUGAAGGCAGUCCAGGUGUUGGGAAAACAAGUUUAAUCACUGCCUUGGGAAAAUAUUCUGGGCAUACAGUUGUGCGGAUAAACUUAUCUGAGCAAACUGAUAUGAUGGACCUGUUGGGGUCUGAUUUACCUGUGGAAAGUGAUGAAGGAAUGAAGUUUUCUUGGUCUGAUGGGAUACUAUUGCAGGCCUUGAAGGAAGGCUGUUGGGUGUUGCUGGAUGAGCUUAAUCUUGCCCCACAAUCUGUUUUAGAGGGGUUGAAUGCUAUUCUGGACCAUCGAGCUGAGGUGUUUAUACCGGAGUUGGGUAACACUUAUAAGUGUCCUCCAUCAUUUAGAAUUUUUGCGUGUCAGAAUCCAUCACAUCAAGGUGGUGGUCGGAAAGGCCUUCCAAGAUCAUUCCUAAAUCGAUUUACCAAGGUAUAUGUGGAUGAGCUAGUUGAGGAUGAUUAUCUAUCCAUUUGCGAAUCUAAAUUUCCAACUAUCCCCAGGCCGUUACUUUCAAUGUUAAUCUUAUUUAAUAAAAGAAUGCAUGAAGAAACCAUGCUGAAUCGAAAGUUUGCAAAGGAUGGUUUCCCUUGGGAAUUUAAUCUUCGCGACGUGUUUCGAUCUUGUGAGAUAAUUGAAGGUUCACCAAAGCCUUUAGAUGCACAUUCCUUCUUGAACAUUGUCUACAUUCAAAGAAUGCGUACAUCAGCUGACCGCAAGGAAGUCUUGGAACUCUUUAAGGAUGUAUUUAUGGUGACACCAUCUAUAAAUCCAUAUCCUCGUGUUCAGCUCGACUCACAUAAUUUAAUUGUGGGGAACGCUGCUAUUAAGAGGAAUCGCACCCAAUUAUAUACUGCUUCAAGCAGAGAGCUCCUCAUACUACCUCAAAUGUGUCAAAAUUUGGAAGCUGCUGCUCUUUGUGUAGAGCGUCAAUGGUUAUGUAUUUUGGUUGGUCCUUCAUGUUCAGGAAAAACUUCAUUGAUAAGAUCGCUUGCGCACUUAACAGGCAAUGUACUGAAUGAAGUAAAUCUUUCUUCUGCAACGGAUAUAUCUGAAUUACUAGGAUCUUUCGAACAAUAUGAUGCCUUGCGUAACUUUCGCACAGCUGUUGCUCAAAUUAAGAGCUAUGUUAAUGAGUACCGUUGUUUGCAACUAGAGGCUUUAAAGGGAGCAACUUUUAACGAAACAGAUUUACAUACAAGAUGGAAUGUUUUUCUGUCAGAAUAUGACAUCUUGGCAACUUCUGCAGCAGAAAAAUCACUGAAAAACUGGAGCAAUAUUGUUUGCUCCCUUAGUUUGUUAGCUGAGAUCAUUGAAAAACUGAAGUUGUAUGUCGAGAAUAAUUCUCCUCCCUUAUCUUAUACAAUACGGGAUCUUGAUUUGGUCAAGCAUACCAUUCUGAAACUCAAAGCAGAUGACCAGAAAAGGUUUGUUUCCACAAAAUUUGAAUGGGUAACAGGAUUAUUGAUCAAGGCUAUAGAGCGAGGGGAAUGGAUCGUAUUGGAAAAUGCAAAUCUAUGUAAUCCCACGGUUCUUGAUAGGAUUAACUCUUUGGUAGAGCCAAGUGGAUCAAUCACGGUCAAUGAGCGUGGAAUUGUUGAUGGAAACCCUUUGGUUAUCCAUCCACACCGAAAUUUCCGCAUGUUUCUCACAGUUAAUCCUUGCUACGGUGAGGUUUCUCGAGCAAUGCGUAAUAGAGGAGUUGAAAUAUUUAUGAUGGAGCCAUACUGGGCUUUGGAUGAUAUAAGUGAAAACCAUGAGAAUAUUGAAUUUAAAGAUGUGAAGAGAUUUCUCUCUUUAUCUGGCAUCCCAGUUCCUCAAUUGAUUGAUGCAAUGGCCAGAGCCCACAUUUAUGCGAAAAGUGAAGGUUCAAAGCUUAAUGUUCAGAUUACAUAUCUUGAACUUUCACAUUGGGUCCAUCUUUUUUGGCAGCUUCUUAUGAACGGGUGUCGUCCUAUCUGGAGUCUAAGAUUAAGUUGGGAGCAUAUAUACCUCUCAUCAUUUGAUGUGGAAGGGGAACAAAUUGUCAUUACUGCAAAAUCAAAAUAUUUAUCGGUGACCGGUUUGUCUGGAUAUGAUCCUUUGGCAGACUGUCCCUUGGGCUUGCCAGGAGGAUGGCCGGUGACAUUGAAGUUAAGGGAUUUUAUAUAUUACUCAAAAGAAGCUUCAAUCAAACAGAAUUGCAUGUAUCUGGAGUUCCUGGGAACUCAAUUUGCAUCACAUCAAUAUCAAAUUGCUCAGAGAAGUUACUCAAGUGAUGAUUUGCAAAGUACUGGUAAUCAUGUGAAGCCAUAUUUGAUGGAUAUGAGGGUUUUACAUGAUAUUAUGUUUCCUAAGUCUUCAAUUGGGAUAAUGCCACACUGUGAAAGGGAGUUUGAAUUUGACUCAGAAUUGGGAAAUAAAAUGCUUUUAUUUGCAGCCAAUUGGACAAUUGAACAAGCGACAGCAAGUUGUUUUAAGUUAUAUCUUCACAGGUUUGACUGGUUUAGUUCUCAGGUGAAGCCUUUCUGCCAGUUCUUUGAUAACUUCCACAAUCUGAUAGGACAGAUGAUCAAGCAUCCUAUUGUGGAAUAUAUUUCAUGCCAUAGCAAACUUCAUGUUGAUAUGGAGUUGAUGCCAUUGUUAUCACUUGAUUUGGCAGCAUCAAAUAACGCAACUAAAUAUCUCUGUAAUGCCAUUCAUUGUGUUGAUCUGCUAAGGCUAACUUACCAGCAGUGGAUUACUGAGGGGCAGUAUAGUAUUAAAGAUGCUCAUUUUAAUCCAGUUUUGAAAUCUCUUCAUGAAUUGGAAGACGAAUUCCUUAAGAAACUUGUCACUUCAACUCCUAAGCUAAUUGAAGAUAAAUCAUUUGAUGAUAUAAUUCAGUUAUACUCUGACCUUAUUGAGGAUCAUGUAUUGUUCUGGCGUUACUUCAAAUCCUCGAAGUCUGACCAGAUGAUAAUUUCAUGGCAUUCUUUGCUGAAAGAUGCUGCAAAGUUGAUGACUAUCUGUCCUGAAGCUGUGAACCAUUUUUUGAUUGAGAGCGAAAAUUUGAAAAGUUUUACAUUUUCGGAAAAAUCCUUGCUGUGGAUUCAUGGUGGUCACCCAUUUUUGCCCUGCUCAUCUGAUUUACAUGAUAAAGAUCAGCAGCUUCGAAAACUUGUUGCAACACUAUGGCCAAGAAAGAGUGCAAACAGUCGAGGAAUGUUGAGCAGCAAUUUUGUCGAUGAUGUUCUAGCGAUCGAUCACGAUCUUCGCUUCAUUGCAAUGCAAGAUGUCUCGAACUCCUCAUUUAUGAUAGCUAAAUGGAGUCAUGAGGAUGAUGGUGCUGAUAUUAUUGAAAAGUUAGAGGAGAAAAAUCUGGUGCUGUUAGGAAAGAUAGAACUUGUAAAGAACAAGUUGCAAAUGAAUACAGGUUCCAAAGAUCUUUCAGCUUAUGCUGAAAAUGGAGCUUCUUGUUGUUCGUCUACACCUGAAAUGCUGUGCCAAAAGUCUGUAUUUGAGGGCUGGCGGGAUACGUUGCCUCCGGUUGAUGUUACCAGUUUAUUCUGGGACAUGGAGUUACUAAAGGAGCUCACAUCUGUCCCUUUGGAUGAACCUGAAAGAUUAUACCAAGUUGUGGGACGUCUUUCCUACCUUUUGGACUCUGCUUUAAAAUUUUCGUCGAGUUUCUCAUCAAGACCCCCACAAAUGUUUUCACCACAUCAAAAGAUCUUGUGGACCUUGAACGCGUGGACUUCGAUUGAUGCAGUGAAUAUGAAAAUUGCAAGCUUUAUUCAGGAGAUGUGGUUUAACUGGCAUGAAUCUAUGUGGGCGUGCUUCCCUGAAUUUGUUACGAAUUUCUCCAAGAUUGAAGGUUUUGAUAACCUCAGUUUUCUACAACCCCACAUGCUCAUUCAACCUGUCUGUGCUUCAACUGUGUUACAGAUCACGGAAAGCACCCAUGCUAUCAAGGAGUUUUGGGUGCAAUGUCUCAAGUGUAGAGUUUCUUUGUCCAAUUUGUGGAAUUGCUCUCACCAUGGGGCAUAUCUGCCUGAAUUUCUCUUGUCUUCUGCUCGUGCCCUUUUUCAACAGAUAGUUUAUGCACACAGAAAAUCCUUUGACGCAGAUCAAUAUGCUGCAAUUAAAUACAACUUUUCUUCCUUUGAGAGAAACAUAGCUACGGAAGAAAGCAUCCAUUUGGUGAGCACCCUUGUUGCUUCAUCACAACACCACAGGUUAAAAGGUUCAGUGUAUAAGUUCAUUGUUCCACUUCUUAGGGAGCUGUAUCUUCAGUCCACUACUGCUGAUUUCAGUUUCAAUUAUACUAUUGGUUGUGCAUGGGUGCACAUUGGAGCAUUACGCAUUCAUCUCUUGCUUAGCUAUAAUGAAGUUGAUCCUGCCCUGAAGUACUAUUGCAAGUACUCUCAGCUUGAAGAAACAAUAUCAUCACUUGAACUUGAAAUUCAGGUGCGAAAAGAUUGUGGGUAUUUAGCAGGACAGCUUUCUACAAGAGAAGCAGAUAAAAGAAAGGCCGAUAGGCUAGAAAAGCUUCAAGCAGAGCGUGGAAAGUUGCAAAGAAAGGUUGUGUUCCGCUCUGAAUCCGGGAAAUACAAGAAGUUAAUGAACGAAUGUAAUGAGUUUCUCAAACACGUCGCUGCUUUGGAUGUUUUGGUGGGUAAUGUUGAGGCAGAGGAUCUACAACAGGUUAUUGACCGCGCUCACAGCUGGCAGGAAACAGCAAUGUGUUUCAUUAAUCGUUUGAUGGAUGAGUACAUGGCAUAUAAUGACAUUAUUCAACCAAUUCAAGUUGCUGUGUAUGAGAUGAAAUUUGGAUUAUCACUGGUUAUGUCAAGCACCUUGGAAAAAGAAUAUUUGAGAAAAGUUGGGCAUGAAAACAUCAACCUGGUUAUGGAAAUGAUAUAUGUACUCAUGCGCUUCCCACGGGCUGCUUCAGACAAGUUCAUUUCCGUUGAGUAUGUUGGGUUAGAAUUGCAUCCGUCAUACAGGGUAGAUUUUGGGACAGACUUUUAUUUGAAUAUGGAUUUGAUGGAAAGGCUAUUAUCUGAUAAGAAGGUAUCUGGGAUGCAAUAUAGUUCUGCCAUUUAUUGGAACGUUCUUGUUCAAAUUGCAUAUUCUAUAGCAAAUGCAAAAAUAAUCGACUGUGAAUCUUAUAUGCUUUUGCACAAGAUAUUUGACGAGUUUGCCAGCCUUUGGAUGAGGAUGAAAGGUUAUGCAAAGUCAAAGAGCGAUUAUGAUGCUCAACAGUUCAAGUUUAAACCUCGCGCAUUCCAAAUUGAGAGUGUUAUUCAGGUUGAAAUGCCAGUUCUUGCAAAUCCAAGUGAAGCAUUUUCCGAAUGGAAAGAAUUUUAUGAUGGAGAAAAAUCCGAUGAGAAAAUGGAAUCCUCAGAGGAAUAUGAAAUAUUGGAUGAAGAAUGGAAGCAUAUGGAAGAGUCUAUGCUCGGCAAUGUGGUUCUCAUUCACAAUCAGAUAUUUGGAUCUGGUGAUCUAGUCCAAGCACCUGGAAUCUUUAAAAUUUCUGAUGAAGAUCGGUUGCAUUCCUUCAGCGAAUCAUAUAAAUUGGGUAUCAAUCUGAUCAAAGGUGUCCACUCUUCAAGUUUGGCCAAUUUAGAUGCUAAAUUGAUUCCAGAGCACUUAUUUUAUCUAUGCAUUGACUAUAGUAGGAAGUUUGCUUCGUCUUACAAAUCCGCUAAUAGCUACAAUUUUUACAAGGAUUCAAAUGCUCAUGAGAUUGAACAAAUGCUGAAAGUACUUGCACCACUAAGACAGCAGAUUCUUUCCCUUCUAAAUGAGUGGGAAGAACAGAAUGAUCUUCAGAAACUCUUGGAUGUCAUUGACAUGCUCCUGAGUCUUCCAUCUGAUAUCCCUUUAGCGAAGGCUUUUUCAGGGCUGCAGUUUUUACUGCACAAGGCUCAAGUUAUGCAAGAAAACCAUUCAAAGUUCUCCUUCUCAAGUCAGUUGAAGUCUAUUUUUGAUCUGAUGUCAUUAUGGCAAAAGAUGGAACUGGGUUCUUGGCCUGCGUUACUUGACGAGGUGACAGAUCAGUAUGAGAACAAUGCUAAAAAAUUUUGGUUUCCUCUCUACAAUCUUCUUCUAUCCACUACUUCUGAUCAAUCUAUUGUCCAGAGCCUGGAGGACUUUAUUCUGACGUCUAGCAUUGGGGAAUUCAAGAAACGUCUUCAACUUCUUUAUGCUUUCCUUGGUCAAAACCAUAUCAGUGCAUGUCUGAAAAUUAAUUUCAGUCCUUGCUGGAUGGAACAGUCAACAUUCUUGUACAAUAUGUUUGGAUAUUACGUGCAGUUCUUACCAACUGUAUCGAAGUUAAUUGACGCCAGUAGGAAAGAAAUUUUGAUUGAACUGAAGGAAUUGGUGAAACUAUGUCGGUGGCAGCAUGAUAAGAGUUAUUCAUCAAUUGAAAACUUGAAAAAGAGUCGACAGAAGCUGAAAAAGCUUAUACAGAAGUAUACCGACAUUCUGCAACAACCUAUAUCGAUUUUCCUAAAGCAAGAAGCCCCCCAAAGAGGAGAACAAGCUCAAUCUUUUCAUAGUCAUAAGCUCAUUCAUGAUGUUCUUCAGAAGGGUUCAAUCAGUAUAGCUUCUGAUUUGCCAUUUUUCAGUGAUGAAAAUAGGUCUAUGUGGUUUGAAAACUGCAGCAUGGCAUUGGACAAUGCUUUUCAAAAUUUGCAGCUUAAGAAAGCUGAAGAAGUUGGAAGCAUAUUACAACCUUGUUGUGAUUCCCAGCGUACUCUUAACCUGAAAGGAUGGAAAGAUGCAUGGUGUAUGAUUGAAAAUAUUUAUGUUCAAGCUGUUGACUCUGGUAAUGUUUGGAAGGAAUAUAAAAAUAGUCAAAGGAAGAGAACAGCUUUGUCCAUGCUUCUUAACCUUUUAGAAAGGAGUGGGUUAAUUCGACACAUGUCUACGAAUAAGGAUAAGCAUAAACCUUGGUGGUUCCUGCAGCUUUCCGGGAACAUAGAGUGUUUACUUCUAGAAAAUAGUAGAUUUUCUUUUCCAUCCUUGGAAAUUGCUGCUAAAGGAAAAGAUAACAAUGUCCCCGAGGAAAGCUUGCUUACGGAGUGGAAAACAGCUAUUGAACAUUACUUCAAGAGUGUUAUGCCUGUGCUUCUUCUACAGAAGAUAUGCCUGGAUCCUCAUAAAGAUAUAACUCUUGAACAGGUUGAGAAGUCCAACUCUUUCCUCAGUCAGCUUGUCCAGAUACAACAGACGCAACUUGCUGCGGCCAGUGCAUUUGGCGAGAAAUUGAAAUGCUUUAGAGAUUGUGUAUCUACUAUGGGAAAGUUGUCUUCCUUUUCCUCUCCUACUGAUAACAGUACUGGUUAUCUGUGCUCUAUUGUUCCGAAUCAACUUGCUACCUAUAAAUGCAUGUGGCAACAGAAGCAAUUAUUUGAUAGUCUGUGCGGUAUGUCAAAUGGAGAGCUGCUUUUACUAAGGACAUUAGAAAAUAGCCAUUUAAACACUUGUCAAAGAACACGAUCUUCUGUGAGUCAGAUGACUGCUUCCAUUGAAGAAUUCUUACCAGUGUUCUGUAAAUCAAAGGAAUCAUUGGAUUGUUAUCUAAUUGGGGGGUCGAAAGCUGUCACUGCAGCAGCUUCUUCACGUCCUUAUGUUGUUACUCAAGAAAUGGAGCAGCUGGUAUCUGAAAAUUUCAAGGCCAUAAAGGAUUUUAAGGAUCAUUUUCUUGUACUACAAGAGCAGGAUAUAGAUAGAAGCUCAGUUAAAAAUGUUUUGAUUCAUCAUUUUCAAGAAAUAAUUGACAAGGCUAAAUCAAUUGAGGAAGAAUUUACCACUGCAAUAAAGGCAAAUUCUAAUCCUGUAGUUUCAUCUGAGAAGGACCGUUUUUACGAAAGACAGUGUUCAGAGCCUAAUGCUAGGUUUGAUGAAGCCCUCACGUCAACAUAUCAACACAUUGCAUCUGUGUUGCAGAAUUUAUGUUCGCAAAGCAGUGUCGAUAUGGAUGAAGAAAAGCCCUUGAUGAACCUUAAUUUAUGGUUUGACAAUUAUUUUGAAAAACUCAGCUUGGACGUGCUAUGUGAUAAUCUUUUCAAAACAAUAACUUUUGGGGAGAAACUGGUGAAUUGUUGUGACAAAAAAAUUAGCAAUUAUUCUUGCAAAGUAGGAGCCUGUUUCAGAAAUCUACACAUGCUUGUGGAUCUGUUACUGAAAUUCAGUGAUGAGCUCUUGAAAAGUUUUUUUGCUAUGCACAGAUCUGUAUCAGUGACAACACAUGUGAUUGCAAAUAUUUUAGUUUCUUUAUUUUCAAAAGGUUUUGGACCAUCUACAGAAAACAAGGAGGAGGAUGGAACCCUUGAUACAUCUAAAGAUGCAAGAGGGACUGGCAUGGGUGAAGGUGAUGGAUUAAAUGAUGUCAGUGAUCAAAUUACUGAUGAAGAUCAGCUGCUGGGAACACGCGAGCAGCAAAAGGAAAAACAAGAGGACUCCAAGGAAGUGCCAAGCGGCAAUAAUACAGGCAUUGAGAUGGAGCAGGAUUUUCAGGCUGAUGCAGUGAGCCUUAGUGGGGAAUCUAGAGAAAAUGAAGAUUCUGAUGGUGAGAAUGAGGAGCUUGAUUCUGAAAUGGGUCCCACAGGACCAGAUAGUGAAGCAGUUGAAGAGAAAAUUUGGGAUCAGAAUGAAGAUGAGACUCCCAAUGAUACGAGAGAAAAGUAUGAAUCUGGACCUUCUGUUAAGGAUAGAGACGGAAACAACAAAGAGUUAAGAGCCAAGGAUGACUCUACCGUCAAUGAGCCUGGGGAUGAUAGUUGUGAUGAAGGUGAUGCUCAGAAUGAUGAAGCUGCAACCCAGGAUGAGUUUGAUGAAGAAGAAAACACAGACGAGCUAAAUAUGGACAAAGAAGCAGCAUAUUCUGAUGCUACGGGGUUGAAGCCGGAUGAACCGGAUCACUCUUCUGACAUGGAUAUAGAUUUGAAUGUAAAGGAAGAUGUGGAUCCUAUUGAAGAGGGAGAUCCAGAAGGGCAAGAUGAUUCAGCUGAGAAUGGGAAUCAGGGGAACCAGGAUGAUGAGACAUGCCCACCUGAUGAAAUUAUGGAAGAAGCACAUACUGAAGUUGAUGUAUCCUCUGAGCAAGAUGAUCUUGGUCAGGAACAUCAAGAGAAUGGUGACAUGAAUUCCAUGGAACCAAAGAAAGAUACGUCUGAAUCUUCUGAUGUGGUUAGUCAACAAGUUCCCACUGUUGAUUUAGCAUCACAGUCCAAAAGUGAUUUGCAGACAUCCGGUUCUGAAUAUAUAGCAGCAGACUCAAAUAUGUCAAGUAGCCAUCAUGACCUCGACAACCCUGCUCUUUCGGGAGGCUUUCCUUCUAGUGAUAUGUCUGAUAUGGAUCUUAAGAUGUCAGACUCAUCAAAUACUGGCGGAUUUAGUAAAACUCAACCCAAAACACACUAUCCACAACACGAGCAUUCAUUUUCUCAAGAAAAACAAACUAACCCUUCCAGAAGUACAGGUAAUGCGCUUGAUUUUCGGAAAGAAAGAAUAAAUGUAACUGGUGAUCUCCCUGAGGAUAACAUAGAGAACCACGGUGAAAUGGAUGAUGAUAAUGCAGAUGAGUAUGGAUUUGUUUCUGAAUUUGAAAAGGGGACAACUCAGGCUUUGGGACCUGCAACAUUGGAACAGAUUGAUAGAAACAUUGAUGGUGAUAAGCUUGAUACAGAAUGUCGUGCUGGAGAAGAUGCAAAUUUGCAGUUUGAGAAGGAAAAAUCAGAAAUAGAUUCUGUAAGUAAUUCGUCGUUACUUCCCAGAAAUGAAAAAAGGGAUCAAGUUAAUAUGCCAGCAGUAGAAAAUUCCCAAGAUGAUGGAUCAUUGAAGCCUAUGGGUAAUGAGGAUAUUGUUCCUGAAAGUCGUUUGGAAGAUGCAGUUUCUUUCAGGAGAUCAUAUUUGAGUGAGAACACGAAUAAAUUAAGUCAACUCUCAGUGCAUGACGAGGAAUUAGGAAAAUGCCAUGAACCUUGUGAUGUUCCUGAUCAUGUGAAAAAUAAUGCUACUGCUCUCUGGAGAAGAUAUGAACUUAGCACUACAAAAUUGUCACAGGAAUUGGCUGAGCAAUUGCGUCUUGUAUUGGAGCCCACGGUGGCCAGCAAGCUCCAAGGGAAUUAUAGAACUGGCAAACGGAUAAAUAUGAAAAUGGUAAUACAAUACAUAGCAAGUUUUUAUCGUAAGGAUAAGAUAUGGCUUAGGCGGACCAGACCCAACAAACGUGAUUACCAAAUUGUGAUUGCUAUUGAUGAUUCCCGUAGCAUGUCGGAGAGUUGUUGUGGUGAUGUUGCAGUUGAAGCUUUGGUUACAGUAUGUCGUGCUGUUUCUCAACUUGAAAUAGGAAGCUUGGCAGUUGCAAGCUUCGGAACAAAAGGAAACAUAAAUUUGUUGCAUGAUUUUGACAGGCCAUUCACUGGAGAGGCUGGGGUGAAGGUUAGCAAUAUUAACACAAAUCUGGUUUUUUUUUUUUUUUACAUUGUAUGUGUGCAUUUGUUAGAAAUGUUGAAAACUGAUUGAUUGUUUUUUAUUGUGGAGCAGAUGAUCUCCAAUUUGACUUUCAAGCAAGAGAACACUAUUGCUGAUGAGCCAGUUGUUGAUCUGUUGAAGUUUUUGACCAACAAGCUAGAUACUGCAGUUGUAAGAGCACGACUUCCAUCUGGACGUAAUCCCCUACAGCAGCUUGUUUUGAUAAUUGCAGAUGGUCGUUUUCAUGAAAAGGAUAACCUGAAGCGGUGUGUUAGAGAUGCAUUAGCUAGUAACCGGAUGGUCGCCUUCUUGCUUCUUGAUAAUUCUCCGGAGUCAAUAAUGGAUCUCAUGGAAGCAUCCUUUGAGGGAGGAAAGAUGAAAUUUUCGAAGUACAUGGAUUCAUUUCCCUUCCCCUAUUAUAUUGUUCUGAGGAACAUUGAAGCACUGCCUAGAACUCUUGCAAACCUACUGAGACAGUGGUUGGAGCUUAUGCAGCAUUCAUCAUACUGACUGGUUGAAGACGCAUUCAAGACAUGAAAAUUCCAUUUUUUAGUUCAACAAUGCAGACACGACGUGCUUCAUAUUGAAGAAGGAAUAGAAAAAGUCAUUAGAUUGCUUAGAUCUGAAUUGUGUAUAAAAAGUACGUGAAAUUGUAUAGUAAGCAACUAUACUGUUAUGCAAUCCAAUGUACAAAUUAUACUUCAUUGAUGAAUAAUAUCAUGUUUUCUGCAUUCGGUGAAAUCAUACUAGCAAGUGGUUAUUAACAAAUUUUGGUACUGACAUGAUAAAUGAAAAUGAAAACAAAAAGUUUGGCUGUUC